UGUUUGGAAUUCGUCAUCCCGUCAUAUCAAUCCGUGCAUCGCUGUUUCGUAUCGUACCGUGCGUCUGGCAAUCCGAAACAAUGGAAACUCCUACCGCGGAGACCACCGUCGACCAAAACAGCGCCAACCAGCAAGCACAGAGCACUUACAGUGAGACGGAUGGAUUUUCACUGGCAGAAAUCGGAGCUUACUUUAGCGCACCGGCUAAACGUCACUUUGCCACCUGGGAGGAACUGGAGCUUGAGUUGCACGUCUCAGGCCCCUACAUACCGAGCAGCUGUUUCAUCGAGGUUUGCACAGCAGAGUCGAUGAAACAAGCCACGCUGAUCCCUUUUGACAAGUGGGUCCAGCAAGCUGUUCCUGACACCUUUAACAUAUUCAUCUCUCAAGAUCACAGACUCAAGCCUGAGAGCGAUUAUGUGGCACGUUUUCUGCAUGAAGGCAUUGCUGUUGCUGUUAGUGAGAGCUUCACGUUUACUGAAUGUGACAAUACUGACGAGCUGUUUGUGCUGAGCGUGAGAGAACUUCGUGAUCUCACUGCCUACAGGAAGCACUUUCGAGGAUGCCAGGCCAAGCUGAGCCAGGCUGAGAAGCAACUGCGAGAAGAAAGACGAGAGAGGUCUAAGGAACGCGAGGUCAACCAGCUAAAUGAAGCUCUUGUCUGGGAACUCAAGCAAGGCAUAGCAGCCAAGAAUGCAGAGUACAUGAGAGUUCUCAGUGAGGCAGAAGCAAAGCACAAGCAAGACAUGGAAGUGAAAGAAACAGCACUGUCUUGUACAAGAAAGCUGUUGGACGUAUCUUCGAAGCAUCUGACUACCCUCAGAGCAGAGCAUGAGGCACUUAUGGGGGACUACAAGCUGCAGCAAGAGGCACUGGAAAGUGUUCAGGAACAGCUCUGUGCGCAGGAGAGCACAAAAACCUUGCUUCGCAGUGAACUCAAGAGCUUGCAGGAGAGCAGAGCUAAGUUUGCCUUGAGGGUUGUGAAUGUGAUGACAGAAAAUGAUAGCCUGAAGGAGACCAUCCAAAAGUUGUCCCAAAAGCCUGCUAUGUCUGAUAGUGGCGUGAGCACUCAGGAUGAUGACGAGACACUGGACAAUGAGGUGAACAACAACGUCAUGCUCACUUCGUCAGCUGCCAAGGAGCUCGAAGACAAAGUCAGGGAGAUGAUGGCUCGGCUCAGUGCUGCUGCUGACGAAUACACCAAGCUGUACCGGAAGUUUAAGAAGCAGGAGAUGCUGCUGGCAUACUGCCAUUGUGCCUCAACAAAUGACCAGCACACUGCCCGAUUCUCGGCAUCUAACCCACAGUUCACAUCUGCCGGGGUAGCUGCAGCUGUGCCUAAGGAACUUGCGACAAGGAAGGUUUCAAUCAGUGUUCCAGCCAUUGCCGAGUUGAAAGAAGUUGAUAUGGCACGUUUUCCAACCCUGGUGGACCUGUCCUGCAGCGCUCCAAGUAUUUCGAAUCUGACCUGCCAGGAGUGCCCUCCCACAGUGGGAGUCGCUGCCACCAAGUCCUCCGGCAUUGCAAUCGCAGACUCAUCUUUUCACAUUGGUGCUCGGCCCAAGACAACAACCGUUUCCGUGAUCUUUGACAGCGAGCAUGGCGUCAGUCCAGCAUGUACCAAGUCACGCAAAGUCACUGCACCGGCUUGGAGGAGGACUCCACGGGCAUCAUCGUUGUCCAGGAGUAGCCGACUGGCCACGCAGAGCACCAGGCAUGGCUGGAACCUGCCGUGUGGAUUGCCGCCUUACGGAUUUGGUGGGCCGACAACAACCCACAGAGACCUGUGCUUGCAAGACGCAGCCGCGCAGACAGAUGGAACGACGACUACAGACAGUGCGGCACAAGUUGAAGCCAUUGUGCAAGCAAUUCCUGGAGCAUCUGAAGAGGAAGCAACUGCAGACCUUGACAAUGCAUAUGUGGCAAUUGAGAUGCCUGAUGCAAACAGCGAGUCUACCCAUACAGCUAGUACAGAGGCUGCAACAGAGAUUUGUGUCCUGUGUACCGAAGAGGUGUGGGACCUGGAGAAACACAUGAGGGAGGUUCACAAGCAGCAGCCUUGCCCCGUCUGCAAUUGCCUGUUUGAUACCACACUGCCCACCACCUAUAUCGAGAAUCACAUUGAUGAUCAUUUCGCUCCCUUGUCGUUUCAGUAGAGACAGCAUUGGUCACCUGGCAUGCAUUGAUCAGACUGGUGGUGGCGACAAGAUGUCAAAGCAAAAUCUUAUCAGUGCAGCUUGGGCCAUUCUUCAGUCUUGGCAGUGUGCCAUUCAAAUUUUUCUGCAUUAGUUGUCGUUUUUUGCCAUUGCGAAACACGGCGUAAGUGAUAUUCGCAUACUAUAUUGCUGACACACUGUUCUAGUUCUCAACUAGAUGGUGAUAAGAAGCUGAAGCAGAAGUAGGUGUCAGUGAUCCCAAAUUUUAUAAUAUUACUGUUAUAUUUGAUAAUUUGCAGCUGCCAAUAGUUAACUAUGCUGCGAAAUAAUCGGACACAUUUAUUUGCCCUGUUUGUUUCCGAAUUGGAAUACUACAUAGCACGUGGCAUAAUUUCAACACUGUACUUAUCAGUUUACUGCAUAAAUAAAAACCUGUUCGGACAUUUUAUUAUGCAUAUUUGUAUUGCCUUCCCAUGGAUGUUGCAAUUUGCACUUGUCUGUCCGUCAAAAAGAUCUCUAAAAAAUAUCAGUACACAGACUGUUUUGUGGAAAUUUGUAGUAACUUGUGUGUACAUGUUCUUGCUUCAUAAAUACUGCAUCAUUUAUAAUGCACAUGCCUCCUUUUACUGUUUUGUAUUUGGCAAUCACUUAUGUAUGUUGUUUAUCUCAAUAUUCACUGUUUUUCUUUAUUUACAAGCUGUUGUGGCUCUUCACGUUUGGGGGAAAUAUAUCUUCACAUUUUUACUCUAAAAAGAUGUCUGCAUUGGUUCUGUGCCAUGUUGAAGCCAUUUCAUUUGACAGUCAAUUUGUGUUAUGUGAUGCCAUAGAUAUCUUGCAGCAAAGAAAAUGCGAAAUUCGUACAAACAUCAACACCUCCUGUGUGUUGCCUUGUUUGGCAUGGCCCUUGCUGCACAAUAAGUAUUUUAAGCAUUGAAGAAUACCAGAUAUUCUGUGGAAGACCUUAACCUUCAAUAAGCUACAUGUAGAUUACUAGUUGAGAGCGUAUAGUUGGCCACAACAGUUUACAAGACACAGGUUCCACAACAGAUGUAAACCAAAGCUUUGAAUUGAAUUAAAGGCUGUGUGCCAAGGGUGGUAUUCUCAUGCAAUCCACUUUUGGAGGUACUUUCACUUUUACAAGAUGUCACGUGACUAGUGCCGGAUUUGUUCAGCGUCUAUGGCCAACAGCGUUUCUGGUACUGUACUAGCCGUGCAAAGACGAGAAUGCCUUGCAUUGUGCCAGUAACACUGUCACUUGUAGGCGCUGACGCGUUUGGAACUAGUCACCUGAAAUCUUGCGAAAGUGAAAGCAUCUCUGAAAAUGAUAGGCCAAGAAUACCGCCGCAGGCUUUGCGGGAAUUCAGCUUUUUCUUUCAAAUUGCGUGUCUUGUAAUCUUUUGUGGCCACAUCUGUACGUCCAAGUCUUGUCACUGGGCUGUCUUCCUCCCUCAUUGCAACAGCAUUUACUUGGACUGUAAAAUGGGAAAGUUCCAAUAAUCAAAUCUCGCACAAUUUUGGUAACAAAUAUUUUUUUUAUAAAUACAGAGCCAAGCUCAAGUUGCUGUUGAGCAUGUUUAGUUAUGUAUUCGAAAAGUGGCUGGCUGGUAAUCUGGUUGCCGAGGAUGGCGUGGUUUUAAGAGACUGUUGUAUGGCACCCACAAUUCUGUGACAAUAUUUUUGAGCACUUGCUUAUUUAAUCUAUUAACCAGCUUUUUCCUAGUCUGUGAGCUAUUUAAACUAGAAACCAUGAAGCGUACAUGUUUAAUUCCCAUUUUGUACGCUAAUAUCUUUGUGCUUCUGCACGUUCGUUUAGUAGCCCUUACUUCCAAUGCUCUCGCAAAAUAUCUGUAGCUAAUGUCUUAAGCCUGACAUAGUUUGCAAUAAGCUGUUGAAGGGACACUUUAGACAAAUAUCAAGCCAAGCUAGAGGUGUAGACAGAUUACUGUGUUUGUGAGAAUAUGGGUUCCACAAUACCAGGCCUUGUGCUGCUGUUUAAAAUUGUGUGAAAUAUGUAAGGUGGUGUGUAAUUUAUCAUUUCGCAGUUGCCUAGCCUUGGUCGAUAGUCGCACAAUCUGCGAUGUUGCAAACUGAUUUUCAAAUUUUUGCUGUUUUCUAUUCUUCGCAAAAGUGACUUAUUUCUUGUUACUGACAUUCGACAUUGAUGCAUUUAAUCUACCAAACUGGCUUCAUUUGAUAUUUAUCUGAGGUGUCCUUUUAAGGGUGAUAGCUUACUCCCCAGAGCUUUGCUCUGUGUUUCAUCCCACACCUGACUUUUGUGUGCUAGUUCCUUGUACGCAGAGCAUUAGUAUAUAUGUGUGUUGGAACACAGUUAGCUUUAUCACUAGCUAGUGUUGUGGAACAAUCACUUCCUGUGUGCUUUUACUAUUUGGUUAGAGUGGUGGAACUGUACUUGAUAAAAUUUUUUGGAUGGCCACACUUGUAAUUUUACACUAGGCAACAUGCAGUAGUGAAUUAAAGGUAUAUUUUUGCUGUGUUAAGAAUGCAUUGUACUAGAGACGCAGUGAUAUUGGUGAAUGCUGUUUCCGCUGCAUUGCGAUACCAUGACAGACAUUGAGUCACCGAAAACUGCAAGCCAUGCAGAAAGUUGUCAUUGUAAAUGCUAAUCUAAGCACCCCAGGCUCGCAAUUUCUGUUGCUCUUUCAAAAUAAUGCGGCACUGGAAUGGAAGCUUCAGCAGUAUGGUAACGUGAAUGCACAUGGUCCCUACUCUGUGUGCCCCUUUAGUGCAUCAAAUGCUGUCUUGAGAAUGAGGGCAUGCCUUGUAGCUUCACCUCCUGUACAACAUUUAUGUGAAGUUGUAGACUCCUUAAAAAAAGUCGCUAAUAUAUUGUGGUGUUAUAGCUAGAAUACCCAUUUGCACAAUGUAGUUUUCUUACUAAACUGUUGCUUUUGCUUUGGUCAUGAUUUUGGCAAUUCGGUGGUCAAGAAAUAAGCUGGAUUGAGUUAUUUGGAGAACACACUGCUAUUACAAAAGCUGUUUUUAUUUCAUUUUUAGAGGUUUGAGAAUGUGAAGUGCAAGCUCGCUUUAAAGCUUCAGUAAUGUAAGUCCUAUCCAUGUGUAGCAGGCACACAGGAAAUACAAUGUGUUGUCACAAAAAAAAUCUGCAAUGUUUUGACAGUUUUGGGGCACAACAACCAUGCCGAGUGUAUCCCACUGAACUGUGCUUCCAGUCAGGCUCCAGCAAAGUGCAGGUUUGUCCAAACGUUCAAAUUCAGGAGAGAUGUCUUAUUGUACGGUCUUUAGCAUUUCAUCAUUCAUUACUUGUGCGUGCAAUAAACAGUCGAUUCUAAAAGGAAGUAGCACUGCUAAAAGUCAAUUGUAGUGCAUAUCAGUGGGCCUUUUAUUAUUGUUGGUAGGCCAUUUUCCCAGAAAAAUAAAAUAAAAUGUCACCACUA